CGUGAUUAUUAUGUUUGCAAAAUGGACGGUGCACAGGCUCGCGUGCAGGAGGCGAUUUCGAAAAUGGUCAAUACCCUCGACACUGGGUGUCUGAGGAAGAUGCAGGUUGAUAUGUACAACUGCAGUGCGAAAUGUUGCGAGAAUCCCAAGUACUCUUUAGACGAAGUACAGAAGUGUAUAGAAGACUGUUCACUUGAUGUCAACAGAGCCCAGGCUUAUCUUCAGAAUGAGAUAGAGUCAUUCCAGAAUCGUCUUCAAAGGUGUGCUAUGAGUUGUCAGGAUAAACUGAAAGACCAGAUGCCUGUCCAGCCUUCAGAUGCUGAUGUUCAGAGGGGCAGGUCUUCUCUUGAACAGUGUGUUGUUCAGUGUGCUGAUUCACAUGUUGGUCUUGUUCCCGAUCUAACGAAGAAAAUGCUGGAGACUUUGAAAAAGAAGAAAUACUAGCUUGUGAUCCUGAGCUGAGUUGUUUUAGAUUUCUAUUUUGGGGUUGGUUUCUAGUGUGUAUGGUUGAAAAGUUGUAUUCAGAGACAUAUAUUUAAAGUGUUGCUGUUGGUUCAUGAGAGAAGUUCCCAUGCCAGGAAUAUUUAUGAUCACUGCCAGUGAAAGGAAAGAUGGUAUGCUUUCAUGUUGGAGUAACUGCAGCUCCUUUGUUACAUUGAUGAGAGUCUCUUAUAUUCUUUAUCUUUGGACCAUGUCAUUUUGUAAUGUUAUGAUUUUCAUGCCUAUUUUCUUCCUUGUGGAGUAGACAGUGGUGUUCAUUUUUUUACUUCUCUAUUUAAUCUAUUUUUGGACCUAGUCCUGAUUUGCCAAGAUACAUUUCAUACGUAGGCUAUGACCAAUAAUCCCCUCAUUUCAUCUUUAUAUUCUUUCUUGUCUUCAAAAGGGCCUGGCACUUCCUUACUUCUUCUCAUCCAUUUCUCAUGGUAGGCCUACCUGAAAUAUCUAAACACUCAACUUAUGUUUUGGCAUACCAUCGUUGGGUUCACAUUGUUCUUGUGGAAGAGGGGUGUGUGCUUCCACUGAUUCAUAUAUUAUAUAUUUUUGUGCCUUGUCCUGUCUACAGGUUUUUAGUUAAUCAAAAGCUUCGAGUGGUAUAGUUUCAGGCCAGCAUUUAUUAUUUCAAGUGUUUGAUACUGGUGUGAUAUAUGAAUUGAUUGUAUGACGUACUAUAUUACAUCUCUAAAGUGUAAGUGACUCUAAAGUGUAAGUGAUUUGUGGCAGAGGUUCAUGUACAUAGUCUACUAGAUAGGAAGCUUGAUCACAUGAUGUGCCAAAGUCUGCAGUGAGAGUAUGUCAGUUUCUUUCAUCGUUUGUUCAGAGUGAGUGUAUUACCUCAUGCUGAAUGCAGGAAAGAAUAAACAUUUGAGUUGGAGGUUAUCCGUAGA